CUAACGCGGUAAAACGAUAUUCCGGUUUAGAGAAAGAGGACAGCAGGGACAGAGGCAGCAUGGCAUCCGGCAGUACUAUGGCGUAUACGAACGGCCAAGAGUCGGGAGGCUCUCUGAACGGGGAACCAGUGGUGAAGCGGUCGCGAGAGAGCGCGGAGCAGGUGACGGCGUUGCGCUGUCCAAAAGAGCCGCAGAACAAAGUGACCGUGGUGUUAGGAGCUCAAUGGGGUGACGAGGGCAAAGGAAAAGUUGUGGACUUGCUCGCCAUGGAUGCAGAUAUUGUGUGCAGGUGUCAGGGAGGCAACAACGCAGGUCACACUGUGGUGGUGGACUCUGUGGAGUAUGAUUUCCACCUGCUGCCAAGUGGAAUGCUCAACAAGAAGGCUGUCUCCUUCAUUGGAAAUGGAGUCGUCAUACACCUUCCUGGUCUGUUUGAGGAGGCUGAGAAGAAUCUGCAGAAAGGCAAAGGAUUAGAAGGUUGGGAGGAGAGAUUGAGAAUCUCUGACCGUGCGCACAUUGUUUUUAACUUCCACCAAGCUGCAGAUGGGAUGCAGGAGCAGCAGCGGCAGCAGCAGGAAGGGAAAAAUUUGGGAACCACGAAGAAGGGCAUCGGUCCUGCUUACUCCUCCAAAGCCGCUCGCAAUGGUCUGCGAAUCUGUGACCUUAUCUCCAACUUCAAGACCUUUGAGGACAAGUUCCGUAUGUUGGCUGAACAUUUCCUGACGAUGUAUCCAAACCUCAAAAUUGACAUCGAAGGUGAACUGGAGCAGCUGAAGGUUUACGCUGAGAGACUGCGCCCCUUGGUGACUGAUGGUGUGUACUUCAUGCACAAAGCUCUCACCGGACCCAGUAAGAAGAUUCUAGUGGAAGGAGCCAAUGCUGCUCUGCUGGAUAUUGACUUUGGCACGUAUCCUUUCGUGACGUCCUCCAACUGCACAGUGGGUGGAGUGUGCACCGGCCUUGGCGUGCCGCCCUCAUACGUUGGCCGAGUGUACGGCGUUGUCAAAGCGUACACCACCCGGGUGGGGGUUGGUGCUUUUCCAACAGAGCAGGAUAACGAGACCGGAGCUCUUUUACAGUCCAGAGGGAGGGAGGUUGGUGUGACAACAGGCAGAAAAAGGCGCUGCGGAUGGUUGGACCUGGUUUUGGUCAGAUACGCCCACAUGGUCAACGGCUUUUCAGCGAUUGCUCUGACAAAGCUGGACAUUUUGGACACUCUGUCUGAGAUCAAAGUAGGCAUUGCUUAUACAGUUGAUGGAAAACCUUUGCCAAGUUUCCCAGCAAACAUGGACAUUUUGACACAGGUGACGGUGGAGUAUGAAACACUGCCUGGUUGGUGCUGCAGCACCGAAGCAGCUCGGAGCUUUGAGGAGUUGCCAUCACAGGCCAAAAACUACGUCCGCUUCAUUGAGGAUUUCCUUCAGGUUCCAGUUAAAUGGGUCGGAGUGGGCAAGUCCAGGGAGUGUAUGGUCAAACUUUACUGAUUUCACUGUAGUUUUUACCUCCUUUAGUCCACCCCCGUUGCCCCCAACAUGGUCCAUUCACUUACUAAAGUGGUUUCAAAUGUAGACUUCGAGACAAAGUAAACAACCUUCACCAGCAAGAACAUUCGUAAAACGCUUGUUGCUUCACAUUUACAGUAAUUCUUGCCAGGUGUGAUUCGUGCAUUCCAUGUUUCUAUAUUUAUUAGGUUGUUAGCUUUUAAAACAAUUCUUUUUAGACUUGGGAUCUCUAAGGGUACGUUCAUUUUGGUUUACGAUAGUAAUGGGGUGUAAACAAAACGCACAAAUACGUAUGACUUGAUUACAUUCAAUUCGUUUUGUCAAAAAUGAAAAGAAAAAAAAAAUCUUGUAAACACCUUGCAAUGUUUAAUAAAGUAAUGUGGUAAUGUUGCUUAGUUGUUUUUAAUCCAGCUCUUUUAUUCCCUAAAAUUGUCUGUUUAUUUUCGUUAUAUACAUAAUGUAGCUGUGUGACUAAGGGUUGUUGUUGGGUUUUUAAAGCUUUUUUUUGUUUUUUCCACAAAGACGGACUAAACGAACAAAAUGUUGUCUUAGUCUAAACAAUGCAAAAGUCAUUUCAUUUCUAUUGUACGAGUAACGAAAUAAAGGCUUAUUAAAGGUA